CUAUAUAUACUCCAUAAAAACCUCAAAUCAGCUUAGGUUUCGGGAACAUCAGAACAUUUACAUCUUGCGAGAGUAACAAAGGGAAGAAUCACACGUUAAGAUCACGUGAUGGCGAGUGCUGACGCGGAGGCUUUGGAUUUCGAGCCGGAGGACGACGACUUGAUGGACGAGGAUGCCGGCGGCGGUGACGCCUCCCCUCAAGCCUCCAUGCCUAAGCUCAAGUCAGCCAUCACUGGCGGCGCUUCCAUUUCUCUUUCUGGCCCUAAGAAGACUAAAGGCCGUGGCUUCCGCCAGGACGACGCCGACCGUCACUCCCAUCUCGCCUCCCGGGAUUUCGAAUCUACCGGCUCAGAUGGUGGCCCCGGUCCCCAGAGAUCUAUUGAAGGAUGGAUAAUCUUGGUCACCGGUGUGCAUGAGGAAGCACAAGAGGAUGAUUUACACAACACAUUUGGUGAAUUUGGUGAGAUCAAGAACUUGCAUUUAAAUCUUGAUCGCCGUACUGGAUUUGUCAAGGGAUAUGCACUCAUUGAAUAUGAAAAGUUUGAAGAAGCAAAGAAUGCCAUAACUGCAACAGAUGGAGCAGAACUUCUUACACAGACUAUCAAUGUUGAUUGGGCUUUUAGCAAUGGACCCAGUAUUAGAGCCUCCAAGAGAAAAAAUAUGAGAGCCGGACGGACACAUCGCUCUCGGAGUCCUAGGAGGAGAUACUGACUUGAUCUCUAUUUAUGAAGUUGGAUUUGUAACGAGAGAUUUGAGAUUUGGUGCUUGAAAUUUACUGAACCAUGGACUUUUAUUUGUCUAAUAUGAUAUAUGCCUCAAUCCUUUUUUAUUUAUGGUGUCAAGUGGUGAAUGUUGAUUGUGCUUAGGCUUCGGUUGCAGCUUUUUGUCUCA